AUGACAUUGCAGAUGAGUGCCGUCGAUCUUAGAAUCACCGCACACUUCACUCAUUUGGGCAGUCACGGGGCCAAAACCAGAGUGUGGAGCCACAGUGUGGCGGUGGAGGCAGCAGCAAUGGGAGGCCAUACAGCCCCUAUGACAAAAUGGAACCCACCAGCAGUGUGAGGAGACCUGAAAGUGGCACAUGGCAGAGUGUGGCGAUGGAGACAGAAGCAAUGGGAGGCCGUACAGGGACCCAUGACACACUCUGGACCUGGCAGCAGCAUGAGGAGGCGGUACAGGGGCCCAUGACAGAUUACGGGCCUGGCAGCAGCAAUGGGAGGCCCGUAAUCUGCCAGCACCCUAUGACAAAAUGGAACCCACCAGCAGUGUGAGGAGACCUGAAAGUGGCACAU